UACCUGGAUAUUGCAGACACUGGAAGACCUGAAUGUUAGAAGAUCAGCACACUGGAGACGUUGGAAGACACGGAUAUUGAGCCAGUUGAUGGAAGACUGGGUAGUUGUUGGAAGACAUGAAGAUGCUGGAAGACACAGAGAUGCUGGAAGACGGGGAGAUGUUGGAAGACGAGCAGAUGCUGGAAGCCCUGGAGAUGCUGGAAGACCUGCAGAUACAGGAAGACAUGGAUUUGUUGGAAGACGUAGCUUAGUUGGAAGACAUAUAGUUUCCGGAAGAUGUGGAUUUUCUGGAAGACAUGGCUUGGUUGGAAGACAUGGAUUUUCUGGAAGACGUACCUUUGUUGGAAGACGUACCUUUCUUGGAAGACGUACCUUUGUUGGAAGACGUACCUUUCUUGGAAGACGUACCUUUGUUGGAAGACGUACCUUUCUUGGAAGACGUACCUUUCUUGGAAGACGUACCUUUGUUGGAAGACAUACCUUUGUUGGAAGACACAGGUAGGCUGGAAGACAUUAAUUUGAUGGAAGACAUGGCUUUGUUGGAAGACGUGGAUUUGCUGGAAGACACAGAUUUCCUGGAAGACCUGGAUUUUUCGGAAGCUAUGGAUUUGAGGGAAGACAAGGAUUUUCUGGAAGACGUGGAUAGUCUGGAAGACAUGGCUUUGUUGGAAGACGUGGAUUUGCUGGAAGACACAGAUUUCCCGGAAGACGUGGAUUUUUUGGAAGCUAUGGAUUUGAGGGAAGACAAGGAUUUUCUGGAAGACAUGGAUAGUCUGGAAGACCUGGAGGCCAUUGGAAGACGUGGAUUUUCUGGAAGACAUGGCUUUUUUGGAAGAUGUAGAUUUUCAGGAAGACCCGAAUUAUCCGGAAGACCUGGAUUGUUGGGAAGACGCGGAUUUUCUGGAAGACUGGGAGGUUACGGAAGACUGGGAGGUUACUGGAAGACAUGGAUUUUCUGGAAGACAUGGAUGUUCAGGAAGACGUGGAUCUUCAGGAAGACAUAUAUUGGCUGGAAGACCUGGAUUUUUUCCGGAAGACGUGGAUUGACUGGAAGACCUGGAUUUGGUGGAAGACAUAGAUUUUUCUGGAAGACGCUGACUGACUGGAAGACCUGGAUUUCUUUCUGGAAGACACUGAUUGACUGGAAGAUCUAGAUUUUUCUGGAAGAACUAGAUUUACUGGAAGACUUGGAUUUGGUGGAAGACGUAGAUUUUUCUGGAAGACAUGGAUUAGCUGGAAGAUCUGUAUUUGAUGGAAGACCUUGAAAUUAUUGGAAGACACGUAUUUUCUGGAAGACGUGGAUUUUCCUGGAAGAUCUGUAUUUGGUGGAAGACCUAUAAUUGCUGGAAGACUGGAUUUACUGGAAGACUUGGAGCUUCUUGGAAGACGUGGAUUGUCCGGAAGACAUGGAUUGUCUGGAAGAUGUUGAUUUUCUGGAAGCUCAGGAUUAUCUGGAAGACCUUGAGACUGUUGGAAGACUUGAAGUCGCUGGAAGACCCGGAGUUGUUGGAAGACCUUGACACUGGCG